AGAAGAAAAGUGUCAAGCAAACGAAGAAGACGCAACAUAAAUUUUUGACGUGUCUCCUGUUUUUCUCUUGUGCCAAGACGAAAAAACCAAUCAAUCGACUAAAUUUGCUGCGAAAAAGUCAACAAAGUGGUGGAAAAAUCUUGUAAAAUUGUGUCUUUUUUAUCGGUGCAAGUGAUGUAAAUUGUUGGUCACGGUGGAGGAACAAGAGAACGCAACGAUGAGCUGGUUCGACACGACGGGCAUUGCCAAUCUGGCAAAAACUGCCCUGAAGGAGGCCCAGAAGCAAAUUGAUAAGGCGCUGGAUAUCAAGGAGGACGAGGAGGAGGGGGAAGCAGGCGAUGGGAAGCGAAAAACUGAAGGUCGAGGCGAGAGCAAGACGGAACCGUGCACUCCAGUGAGCGGAGAGGCGAAAGGGGGCGGCAAUGUGGGUAAAGGCCAGAUGGACAGCAUCUGGGGAUCGUUUACGGGGUCGUUUUUCGAGCAACCAGUGACGGCGGCCAACGUGACCGUGACGAAAGCUCCGUCCGUGAGCUUGAAGCGCAAGAGCUUCGAGGAUUCCGGGAUAGCCGAGGUUCCGGGCAAGUUGGGCUCACCGGAGGCCAGUUCGGAGUCGAUUGAGCUGCUGAGUCCGGUGACGACUCCCGGAUCGGCACUGACAUCGCCCAGUUCGGGACCAACCAUCGGGCAGGAGUCGGAAUCGGUGGAAGUGAUUAAGGUGCAGGGAACUCCGUCGAGUAUUUCGACCCCGGAUUCAAUUACGACGAUGGAUCGGAGCUCUUCCGAUGCCGAUGAGGUUGAGAUGAAGUUUACUUCGGUGGAACUGGGAUCGGUGGAUGACGAUAUCAGCGUGGAGGAAGACUCGGAGGUAUCCUACACGCUUUCAGAACAACCGAUAACGGUGAUGGAGGCGGGGUCCGAGGGUGUAGUUCCGAUAACGGUGGCACCGAGCAGGGGAAGUUUGCAUCUGAGUCUGGAGAAACCAUCAGUGUCCAGGCAGAUGACGUUCUCGGAAGUGUCCGUGUGCGACACUGAAGAGUCCAACGACUCGGAAACGACACUGACUUCCGUUGAAAAGCUGAGCAAGCAGUCGGAUGAACAUUUGGACAAGUCCUAUGAGAAUGUGGAGAUUCAGACGCAGAUUUCCGAUUCGACUCAUAGCUUCGAGGAGAUUCCAUCCGCGUCGCAGAUUCCAAUGCUGGCGGAACCAAAGCAACAGCAGGAGGGGACAUCGUCGCAAAAUUCCGGGGACGAAAUCGAAACGGCGACCUCUUCGGAUAUAGAGAUUAUAUCGAGUCCGAACGGAGAUUCAAGCAGCACAAACAGCGGCGCAUAUCGGGCCAGUCCUUUGAAGAUUCCGGAUGGGAAGAGCAACAUCGAUAUCCUGAUGAUCAAGAAGCGAGGACAUACGCGGGAGCCUUCGGAGGUUUCGGUGCAAAGUGGAAACAGCGACGACCUAAGCGAAACAGAGAAGCUGAUGAGAAGGAUUGCAGAAAUCUCGGAGAUCCUGGAGCAGAGGGAGUUUCGGUUGUUGGAACUCGGAAGACAGAAUGCAGAACUUCACGAACACAAUUGUCAGCUAAGUGCCCAGCUGGAAUCAAAGCAAAGGCGAGCGGACAGUACGGAAACUGAUGAGUACACGCAGCGACUGUCAGCGCUCGAGAAGAAGUUCCAGCAAUCGAUCAGGGAACGAGAAACUCUGAAAAGACAACUUGACGCAGUUCGAUCUGAGGCGCAGGAAAAGAUGAACCGCUCCGACGUGGAGAAGGUCAUCAGCGAUAAGGACUUUAUGAUCGAGGAACUAAAGAAGGAAGGCGAGAAUCUAUCCAAACAAGUCCUGAACCAUUCCAACAUAAUCAAGAAACUUCGACUGAAAGAAAAGGACAACGAAGCACUGAUCAAGAAGCUCAAGGAAGACAUUGGCGAUCUGACGGACGAGACCGAACGUCUGAAGCGAUCGCUCUCGGCCAAGGAAGAGGUCGAACGGUCCCAAAUCGAUGCCGUUCACAAGCUGUCCUCGGAGAAGCGCAAACUAGAGAAAGACAACGGCUCGUUGCGGAGUCAGCUAGACGAUCAGACGCAGAAGUUCGACACGCUGAAGAAGAGCUUCGAUUUUGCCAGGAAGGAACUCACCGAAAAGACCGAGGCCUAUCAGGAGCUUGUGAAGAAAUCGUCCCUCCUGGCGACGAUGGAAUCGGAACACAGCACCAUUCAAAGGGUUAACGAACAGAUCAGCACCGAGUUGGAAGACCUUCGGGAGAAGCUACGACGGGCGGAAGCGGACCAUGCUCAGCGGAUACAGCGACUAAAGAACGAAAACUCCGAGCUUCUACUUCGAGUGGAAGAAACCGAGACUCGGUCGGAAGAGGAGAAAAACGCUACCGCCAUGGUCACUGUUCCUCUGAUGAAGCAGAUUGAAUCUCUUCAGAAUGCCCUCAGGAAUAAGGAACGAGUGUGGGAACAGAGGGAGACGGACAUCAUCCGCAAGCUGGAUGAAUCCAUGGAAAAGUCCAAAGCUUUCGGCGACAGCGAGCGAACUUUGAAAGAGCAGAUCUUCACGUUGAACGGUCGGAUUUCGAAUCUUGAGGAACGCCUAACCGCUGCCUUGUUCAAAUCCGAAGAACUCACCAACAACCUCCAGCAGAAGCAGAUCGAAAUGGACUUGAUGGAAAGUGACCACAAGCUCAAGUUGAAGACCCUCGAAGAGGAUCGCAAAUCGCUCAGGGUCAAACUGGCCGAUCUGGAGUCCCACUCGGCAGAACAGGACCGGAAGAUCGCCCAGCAGAAAGAACAACUCGAAACUAUCAAACACCAGCAUCAACAGUCCCAUUCGUCGUCCAAGCACGAUCAAUCCAACCGUCAAUCACCUCCCUCUCCAUCCCAAGCCCUCGGUAUCGCUCUCGGCGGAUCGCGGACGUCUUCUCCAACGCCCAGUAUGGGUAACCUUUCGCUGCCCGAAUCGAUCGGCAGCAUUCCGUGGAAUCAGAUGGACGACGACAUCGGUUCGAACAGCGGCCGACAGACCAUCGGCGGAGCGCCCUUACUGCAUACCACCUCGCUGCUGGAGAACUUGCAGGCCACCCUAAAACAACGGGACGGCGAGGUGUAUCAGCUGCAGUGGGAACUGUCGCGCUUCCAACAGGAACGGAACGUCCUCAAUGCGGAGAUUUCCAACCUGACUGCGGAACUGGACAAUAUCCGCGAAAAGUCCGAACGCACCGCCCAACUGGAGGAGGACUUUCAGCAGCUACAGGAGCGCUACGAUGCGCUGCUCCAGCUGUACGGCGAAGCGGUUGAGAAGAUCGAAGAACUCAAGCUGGACCUGGUGGACGUGAAGGAGAUGUACAAACUGCAGAUCGACGACCUGCUACGACAGGUGGCCGCCGGUAAAAAGUUAUAGUCGAUUCGCCCCCCGGGCGUCCACCGGUUGGACUACGAGGCCGGCGAUGGUGGUCCGAUGAUGAGUGUGAGUGGCGGAAAGUGCUACUAAUUGUGAUAUAUGGGUAGGUAGAUGGUGUGAGCGAGCGGGUGGACGAAUGCGUUUCCCGGCAGGGUGUGCAAUAGAGGAGGGCCGUUGUGGGAUCAAAGAAGGGGAAGAUGUUUUGUUAUCACAGUGCUUUGAUUGGUAGGAUAUUUCUUCGCGAUAUUAAAUUGAACGUUUGGCAUCACACAUUUCGAAAGCUGGUUUAUCCAUCUCUUUCGUAAUCCAGCUUUGUAUGUACUACAUACAUGUAGUGCCAGCAGAAUUGUUAUCAAGCGAUAGACUAGGGACAGAAAACUAUAUCGUAGGUACUGACGGUAAUUAAAGUUUAACAUUGAAAGUCAUGUUUGGGAUAUCAAAACCUCUUCAAAAAUAGCUGGCUAAAGUUUUAGCUUCGUACUUUUAUAAUAUUCUUCGUACAAUAUAUUUAUCUCAUUAAAAGUUA